AUGCCUUCCAAAAGAGAGCCAUCUGUCGUACCAAGCACAGGCGGAUCAAUCAAUGAUGAUGAUGACGCUGUAAACUCACAGCAAGAAACUGAUCAAGAACAGGCGCUGUUCUAUACAGAAGUCGAUGAGCUUCAGAUGCAUGGUAUCGGCGUCGCAGACAUCACAAAGCUCAAGGCUGCUGGUAUUUGUACAGUAAGAGGAGUUCAAAUGAUGACCAAGAAAGCUCUGUUGAAAAUCAAAGGCUUAUCCGAAACAAAGGUAGACAAGAUCAAAGAGGCUGCCAUCAAAAGCCAGGGUCCUGGUUUCGUUACAGCAAAGGAAAUUGCUGUGCAGAGAGAAAAGGUGGUCAAGAUCUCUACUGGUAGCAAACAGCUGGAUGUAUUGCUUGGCGGUGGCAUUCAAACUAUGUCAUUGACUGAGGUCUUCGGGGAGUACAGAACUGGUAAAACUCAAUUAGCUCACACAUUAUGCGUGCAAGUACAACUACCAGAAGCUGAUGGAGGAGCCAAUGGCAAAGCAGCAUACAUUGAUACAGAAGGCACAUUCAGACCUGAUCGCAUUGUAUCCAUUGCAGAUAGAUUUGGCGUAGAUCCUGAAAUCGUACUUGAUAACAUUGUGGUUGCUCGUGCUUGGAAUAGUGAUCAGCAAAUGGAUUUGGUAAGCGAACUCGCAGCUCACUUUGCAGAGCAAAAGGGCGUCUAUCGCCUAUUGGUCAUUGAUUCCAUCAUUUCACUCUUUCGAUGUGAUUACUCUGGUCGCGGAGAAUUGGCUGACAGACAGCAGAAAUUGAACCAAAUGUUGAGCAGAUUAACCAAGAUCUCUGAGGAGUACAACAUUGCAGUGUUCCUGACUAAUCAAGUCUCCUCUGAUCCAGGAGGAGGAAUGACAUUUGUAGCUGAUCCUAAGAAGCCUGUUGGUGGACACGUACUGGUAUGUAAGAGUGGCACAGCUUUCACGUUGUAUCAAAUUUAG